UGAGCUGAAGAAAUUAAACACGACUACSUACAACAGCUUGAGUUGCAAUCAUGAAGCUCACUUUGACAUUGCUGUUUCUCUUUGGUUUUGUUGCCUUCAUUUCUGCUGCUCCACUGGAAGAGACUCAAGAUGAGCCAGUAGCUGASSAAGAGAAAGAAAAUCCAGAUGCCGUUCAAGACGAAGAAGCCAAGAAAGAUGAUGAYCAAGAAAGCGAGGACGACGCAGACGAAGGUGACGAAAAUGAAGAGGAUGAAGAUAAGCCCGAGACAGAGUUGGCAGAGAACGAACAAGACCCUGAUGAACAAAACGAUCCCCAUAAAGUUCGUCAAUGUAAGGUUAUAACAGUUUGCCGGCCACGUCGAUGUCGUCGUUAUGGACUCCGAAAACGUUGCUACAGGCGUCAAAGUUGUAGAGUGAGGUACGGCGUACGUUGUACUUGGACAUAUAAGGCUGUAGUGUGCCGCUAUAUCAAGAAGAAAUUUGGCUAUUAUUACCGAAAAGUACGUGUUUGCCACUAUCCUAGGAGAAGGUUUUGCCAAAGGUAUCCCAAAGGGCGUAUUUGCAGAUGGAAAAAAUUCUGUCGUCAUAUUAGGUAUUGCAAAUACUACGGGCGUUAAAACUUUCGACGACUUAAAAAGUCCACAGCUUUUGAAUCAACCCCAGAACGACCACUGACCGGAAACGUACACGAGCUACACCUACUAGUUAUAUGUAGUUAAGAAGUAAUUUUUGCACUUAUUCAUUAUUUUUGUUCCAAUCCCAAUUGUCUCUGUAAGAAAACGUUGAUGUUAAUGUUAACUAUGUAAGAGAAGUAUUAUUAUUUUUGUAAUGUGCUUGUGUUUUGCUCUGAUCCCAAUUGUAAGAAAUCGUUGGACUGUUUUCCACUAAGCUUGUUAAAUAGAGUAGCAGCCAAUAAACAAUAAAGAAUUUUAUCACAUGAAGCACUCCA